AUGGCUCCCCCGGUCCGGCCAUCCCGUUCCCUCGAAGGUCUCGAACGAGUGAUUCCUCCUCUUUCUCCUCUGUCGCCUAAGACGCCCUUCUCACCCCGACUCUUCCUCAAUAAACCUCUCCCCGCAAAGCCACUCCCUGAAGAACCAGAGUAUUCCACCAUGUGGAGUGACUCCAGCGAUAGUGAAUCCACCGUCGACAGUAUCGCCAGUCCUUCAGAACCUCGUGACUCGGUCGAAUACCCAAUCUUCGUCUCCGGCGCUGAUGACUUCGACUUGAUGGAUCACCCGGCUCCAGCCGCCGAUCCACUCCCCGUGACCCCACUCCGCACGGACAAUUUCGAGAUAGAUGAGAUAGACGAACUCAACGAGGUAGAUGAGCUUGACGACGUCGCAUCGAUUGCAGAGGAAACCCCAUUAUCAGUCUCAGUUUCGUCAUCUUGGUCAGACACACAGUACGGCCGACCAGUCCACUGGGCCCAGAAUCGACCCGGUACCAGCCACUAUUUCCGCGAGAAGAAGUGGGACUAUUUCCCCGAACUGGCUCCAUCCACCCUACAAGCCAGCGGACGCACCAAUUCAAAGCGCAGGAAGAAUCUCUCCGCCUUGGAUUUCGCAAAAGCCAAAUACCGCUGGCACUCGCUCGAUCGUACAGGUCUAGGCGGAGUCCGCGAGUCAAUCAAGACCUACGUCCACCGCACUCUCUCCCGCGAUGGCACAGAAAAUAAAGCCAAAGAAGUGACACGUCCAUCGACAGCACCAAUGGACCGCCACAUCGAUCACGCAGGUAGUACCAGCAUCCUGGGGACAAGUCUAGGCAGCAAAGUCUACAUACCACAGCACUCUUCCUUAGACGUGGAUGCCCCAUACCGAGCGAUAUCCGUCUCGACAGCAUCAACAUCGGCGUCGGCAUACAGCACCAGCGCCGGUACCAACGCUAGAGUGACUAGUCUCAGUGCCAGCGACUACGACAACCCCAACCAUCACAUGUACUACCCACUCCACUCCCCCCUCUCGCCAGUCUCCCCAACCACCCCGAUAAUCCCUCGCCAAAAACAACUCGCCGUGCCGAUGUCCCCGUAUCAGAAAUACGGAUCGUCGAUCUGGGAAACACCCAAGAAAUCGAAGAAACGGGGCGUGCAAUUCCCUAAAUACUCCAAGCAGCCUUCGUCUCUGACUCUCAGACCGGAGGCAUAUCCAUACCCCGGUUCUGCUCCGGUUAUGAAUGCUUCCCAGAUCACAUUUGUAAAUCCAACGCCGCCACUUUCUCCACCACUCAAGUCGCAGCUUUUGCAGAAUACCCGUGGUGCGGUGAAGGCUCUGCAAGGCAAGUCGAAGGAGGAGAAGAGGAGGGAGUUAUUGAAGGCCCAGAUUAAGUUUGUUGGGCCUGUUAAUCCUCAUACUUAUGGGAGGGAUCCUUGGGUUUGA